GGCCGCCGGCAGCACAUGCCCCACGGCCGGGCGCGAAACCCACCCCCGGCUGCCCCACCGCCUCCCGGUUCGCCCCGCAGCAAGGGCCCCUCCCCUUCCCCGUCAACCGGGCCAGACAGAGGGGCAGCGCGGGCCCGCUCGAGCCCGGAACCAUGGUGUUGCGGCCGCAGUACCCGCCAGGCCUCGGCGAAACGCUACACAUCCUCCCCCCCCCCCUCCUUCCCCCCUUUCCCUCCCCGCCCGCCGGACCUGUCUAGCGGCGGCUUCCGGCGGGGCGGGCGUUCGGCGGUAUGGUGCGGCAGCGGUGGUUCCAAGAGGUGGCAGCGGAGGAGCUGGCGGGCGCCUGCCCGGGACAGGCGCGGUUCCUGCUGUAAGGAACAUGGAUUAGAAAGGGUAUGUCCUUACUGCUUCCAGUUCCUGCUUCCUGAUAGCCACCGGGUGCGUCUCAAACCGAAGAUGAAAGCGACCCCACAGAUAGAGAAGAUUCUGAAACGAGAGGCAAAGAACCACAAACUUAAUAUGAAACAGACAAAGCUUCUGAAAAAGUACAGGGAGUCAAGAAGUAUUCUGCUGGUUACUUGCAAAUCAUGCAACAAAACAACAAGGCAUUAUGGUAAAAGCAGGGAUUUUCUGGCUACCAUGACGCAAAAUUCUGGCACUCCAAGUACUAAAUCUACCCUGAGGACACCAGGUGUAAAAACUCAGUCUGCAAACAAAGUGACACCUGUAAACUGCAGUAGGUUGGGAUCUAAAGGGAACAGUCCGUCAUCAUUUCCCAGAACACGUGUAUCUGGACGGGCAGCAACCAGCUCUGCUUCCAGCUCUGCUUCCAGGACUCCCCGAAACUCCAAAUUUCACUUUUCUAAACUGAAACGGAUGCUUGAGCUAGAAGAAAAAGACAAAAGCCAGAAGGCAGAUUUGAAAACCUUCUUGACUUUACUUUAGUUACAAGUUAUUUCAAAGUAAUAAAAAUUACAGCAAUAA